AGGAGACAGACCUAAACUCAGUCCGAGAGAUCUUGCCGAACUGACACCAUCAGAGGGAAAUUUCAUAGCCUGGAAGUCUGCUCUUCAUUUGUUCCUGGGGACACCUGCAAAGAUUGGUGUGGAGACAGCUUUCCAGGUAAAGAGAAACCUUAUUUGCAAAUGUUGCAAGAAGGUGAGAGAAGGACUAUUGCAUCAUGGAGAAGCACUGUUGCAACAGAAAAAAAACAUUUUGAUUGUGAGGAGGCUAAGGUACCUUCCAUGAUGUUCCCACUGCAAGGUGCCCAAAUGCUGCAGUCACUGGAGAGGUCCUUGAGGAAGAGCCUUCCUGAAUCCUUAAAGGUUUAUGGGACUGUCUUCCACAUGAACCAGGGAAACCCAUUCAAGCUGAAGGCUCUAGUGGACAAGUGGCCUGAUUUUAACACAGUGGUUAUCCGCCCUCAGGAGCAGGAGAUGACAGAUGAUCUUGAUCACUACACCAAUACUUACCAAAUCUACUCCAAGGACUUCAAGAACUGUCAGAAAUGUCUCGUCUCACCAGAAGUCAUCAACUGGAAACAGCAUUUGCAGAUCCAAAGUUCACAGCCCAGCCUGAAUGAGGUGAUACAAAAUCUUGCAGCUACUAAAUCCUUCCAAGUCAAGCAAACACACUGCAUUCUCUAUAUGAUGGCUGAGACGAUAAAGAAACUAGUUCCUUCCCUGCUGGAGGGAAAGAACUUAUCACUCAACAGUGGCAAACCCAAGGCCAUCUGCCAAGAGAUGUUUAAACCCUCCUCCCUGGAUGUUACCCACGCUGCCUUGGUGAAUAAAUUCUGGCAUUUUGGCGGCAAUGAGAGGAGCCAGAGAUUCAUCGAGCGCUGUAUCCGGAACUUCCCCACCUUCUGCCUGCUGGGGCCUGAGGGGACGCCUGUAUCCUGGAACCUGAUGGACCAGACGGGAGAGUUACGGAUGGCGGGUACCCUGCCUGAGUACCGGGCCCACGGCCUUAUCACCCAAGUCAUCUAUUCCCAUAGUCACUAUCUAAACAAACUUGGCUUCCCCAUAUAUUCUCACGUUGACAAGAGUAACAAAACUAUGCAGAAAGUUUGUAAGAAACUUGAUCAUAUCACCAUACCCUGUGGCUGGAACCAGUGGCACUGUGUGCCCCUGUGAAGCAGCCCUGCACAGAAGACCAUGUCAGAUAGGCCUGGGAAGACAGAAAGAAUAAGUUAUAAUUGUAAUCAUCAGUAAAGGAAUGGCACUGUUUGGGCUCCAGGGAAGCAGUGUGAUUGGUCAGCAAGACCACCCCAGUCCCUGCACUCGAACUGCAGAUGGGAUUCCUUUAGAUUUAUCACUGUGAAGCAGCCCAGGUACUCCCUCAGUGGGCCCCACAUAAUUUAGCCUCCCACACUUCUGGGAUCUCUGUGAUGCUCCUUCAUCAGCCACCUGGUGCCCCAAAUAGCUUCUCCUAGAACUCCUAGUACACAGAUUGGUAGAGCCCUGCCAAAUCUUCCAGGAAAGGGUAAUAUUUUCUGGGCAUUAUAACUUAUUCCUCUUUCUUUCUAUGGCCUUUUCCUUAGUACUCAGCAAGCAUAUUCUGCUCAUUAGGUCUGUAGAGAUUAUCUUUUCCUCUGAUUACUGCUUUAGAGGUACACUAAAUAUAUACAAGUACAUAGGAGAAAUUAGGUUAAAUGUGAUACACAUGAUAUAGCAGAGAGGGUUAAUAAGACAAAGACUUAAUGUUAGCCUGUCUGUCCCCUCCUCACACUCACACCAGGGAAAAUGGUUCAAUAUUGUUUCUAAAAUUUUUUUCAUGUUUGUUUGCUCUUGAGAGAGACAGACAGAGGACAAGUGGGGAGGGGCAGAGAGAGAGACCUAGAAUCCGAAGCAGGAUCCAACCUCUGAGAUGUCAGCACCAAGCCCAACGCCGGGGCUCGAACCCACAAACUGUGAGAUCAUGACCUGAGCCAAAGUUGGUUGCUUAACCAACUGAGCCACACAGGUGCCCUGGCUCAAUAUUGUUUCUAAAAGCAGACCUUCCUAAACCCACCUGAAACCCCAGACAAUAAAAAGAUUUUGUGUUUCACUGUA